AUGCCUAGAAAUCCUUCUAUACGCUCUGCCGCACGCGGAUCCUUCUAUACCCCAACCUACCCCACCCCACCGCACCCCACCUUGCACCACCCCACCGCACACAGGGUACCACCAUCAGAUGGUUGCCAAGCUGUCCCCUUUCCUCCCGGACACACACUCUCCUGUCCCUCCCCCCAACCGCCGCCGGCGCCUCUCCUCGGUGGUCUCCGCCUCUGCCUCGCGCAAUGGAGCUAUGCUGCUGUCCUGCCAUCUGCACUGCAUGGCACUGGCAUCACAAGCAUGGCACGGGGCGGGGGCUCCUCGUGUUUCGGGCGAGGUUCAUCCCCAAGACAUAUAACGAACCUCAUGGCGCGUCUACUUCUCGUCGCGUCGUUCGCCGCCCUGCUGGCGGUGGCGUACGCAGGACAAACCGUCGUGACGGGACCCAACAACCCGGCGGUCAACCUGGACAAGGCCAAGGGCGACAAUGGCGUGGCGUCGGAGGUGCCUUCUGGCAUCGAGAAGGCUGCGGCUGCGGGCGGGCUGGACAAGUACGAGGGGACGACGAUCGUGAGCCCGAGCACGGACAGCAUGCUGAUGGUUGACGUGAAAGCGGCCGGGUGGAACAAAAUGAAGUGCCACAAGGACCUGGGCAAGCCCGGGGACGGCGCGUGCACGCCCGCCAACUGCAGCAAGGGCGGCAUCCCCGCCAAGUGGAAGACGUCGAACCUGCUCAAGAACAAGCUGGGCGUGGAGGUGUACGUGAAGGGCAACCCGCUGACGCUGAAGAAGGCGUCCCCGCAGACGUGCUGCAACACGUGCGCGGGGUACAGCAGCUGCACGUACUGGCAGUACAUCCCCGAUAUUACCAUCGACGGCAAGAAGACGGACGGCGCGUGCUACCUGGUACACGACAACAUCGACUACUCGUGCGGCGAGCUGACGGCGCAGUACGCGACGGACUCGAAGCCCAUCGCGCUGCAGGUGCGCACGGGCGGCGAGUGCAACCCCGCGGCGAACGUGGUGAACGACCCGCAUCUGGUGGGCGCGUACGGCACGCACUUCGACUUCAACGGGCGCCCCGACAAGGCGUUCUGCCUGCUGACCGACAAGGACCUGCACGUGAACAUGCUGCUGCGAGGGUACUACUCGGACGACACGGAGAACGCGGCGCUCGUUGUUGACGGCAAGGCCGUGCACACGUGGAUCAAGGAGCUCGGCAUCGUGUGGUUCGCCAACGGCGCCGACCACAAGGUGCGGCUCGCGGCGCGCGCUGGCAAGCAGCAGGAGCGCGGCGAUGGUUUCAUGAAGACGAUCGAGAUCGACGGCGAGGAGAUCCCGAGGAUGAGCGUGGGCGACGAGGUGACGACCGAGGGCGGUCUGACUGUGCGGUUCGCGGCGCUGGAGAAGGAGGGCCCGUAUGACGUGGACUACUACACGCUCACCAUCGACGGGCUCGUGGCGCUCGACCUGCGUCUGCGCGUCGCCAACCCCAAGCUGCAGACGCCCAGCGAGGCCGAGGCGCACAUCAACGUGGGGAUUGUGGAGCUGGAGCACACCGACGACGUGCACGGCGUGCUCGGCCAGACGUACCGCCCCGACCACGCUGCUCGCGCCGCCGACUUCCAGCGCCUGAUCGCGAACUUGCACCGGCCGGUGUCGGCUGACAGCGCGGAGGGUGCUGGGUUCCUGGACGGCACUCCCAGGCUGUACGAGUCGAGCUCCGUGCUGUCCGUGGACUGCGCGCAAACCGAGUACCACCGCGCCAAGCAGCUGAGCCCCGUCGAGGAUUUCCCCAUGGAGCCCCUCAACUAG